AGUUCGGUGCGUGGGCGGCUCGGGGCCAAUCGCUGCAGAUAUAAGGCGGUGGGCGCGCGCUGGCUGACCAAUUAUCUCGACGUCAACACAAGUACCGAAACAACUGCAAGAAAUACGGAGCAAGAAAACGUCAUCAUGACAUCACGAGCCCUUCUCUACCUCUCGCUCCUUGGGCUCUGCGUCCUCGUUGUCAUGGCAACGGUAGCAGAAACCGAGGAUGCGGCAGACACCGAGACGGACCUGACAGAUCACCGCGUCGAGAGGCGAAGCCUGAUGGAGACGCUGCUGGCCAAGAGAUCGGUGGGCACCGGUGAGGAAGGCCAAGGGGAGACGGAAACAACGGGGAAGAGGAAGGGCCGACGAAGGGGGAAAGGACGCGGGAAAGGGAAAGGAAAGGGCAAAGGAAGAGGCAGGGGAAGACGCAACAAGGGACCACCACAAUAUGCAAGUUGCCUUCACCCCAUGGGUAUUACGUGCACCUGUGAUAUGAGAUUUGCGAAGUUUAAGGAUGAUCCCGUCAAACAGUCUAAGUACUUCACCAUAUGCUAAGCUUCUCCAAAUUCGAAGCGAAGGAGGGAACCACCUCAGAAGUAUCCACCGACAUCAAAUCCCACCGUUAAAGUGACUCACCAUAUAAAUUAUGUUGACGACUGUUGACCCAUUGCGUAUAUAGCCCGUGGCACCCAAGGACAUUAAUGUGCAAGGCCCAACUUAUCACAUGUAAUGGCCCGCUGUACAAUGUAGUAUUCCCGUUUAAACGAAGGCCAAACCACAGACUGACACAAAGUGAGCGGCUAUCACACGACUUCUGUCUGCGAAAUUCUAAGAGUUUGAAAUCUUAAAAGUCCGAGUAGGCCUAUAUGACACUUUCUGUGGAAGCGUGACUUUCUUGCUUCCUAAGUUUGACUUCGUUCAAGAUUUCUUUCGAGUAUAAUCUUGCUGAAAUAGUACUGUAACUUUCAUGAAUAAUGCUGCUUACAGUUACAAACAUGAGAUGAAGGUCCAUUUUGUCAGGCAUGAGGUUUUUGCUAUUUGAUAUUUUAUUGCCAAUUGUUUAAUCUAAGGUGUAGGGAAUAUUUAAUUUAUAAGUUGAAUUUAUAAAAUAAAUCCUCCAUUUUUUUGGAAAUGAAGUUCCUUUAUUACGCAUAUGCUGCUUUAAACUUACAUUUCAACGGCUGAACAAGUGCUGCUGGUUGAAAUAGCUGCAGGUGUUUCAAUAUUUUAGUUUCCAUUAGAAACAAAUGUUAUUAAACCUUGUAUAACUUACUUCUCAAUAUUUUGGCACGAUUUCAACUCGACAUAAGCUGCUGCAUUAAGUUGUAAAUCAACAAUCAAGCUUUUUUACGAUUUAUGAAAUGUAAAUAAAGUUUACAGUUGUUAAAAUAAGCAACUACAUU